GUCGUUAAUCCGCGUGAAUACCCGUUUCAACGGCUGAGAUCCCCGUCACGGAAGAUACUGGUAGAGCGAGCAAACAAGCUUCCCCUCUCUCCCCCUCUUCCAAAUUUCUGAUUUUUUUUCCAAGAAAAAAAAAUUCUCGAUUAUUUUUCCUAAAUAUGAAGUUGAUGGAAGAGCAGAGGGAGUUUGAGGAGGAAAAUGAAAUUAAGACUUUGGAGGGGGAAGAGGCUGAGGGUGAAGAUGAAACUGAAGUAGACGGCGGCGAAGAGGAGGAAGAAGACGGUGAUGACGACGAGGACGAAGACGAUGACGACGAAGGAGAGGAUGAUGAAGAUGAUGAAGUGCAGGUUAUUCACCCUUCCGGUGGUCCUCCGGUGCAAUCAGUAGACGAAGACGAGGACGAUGAGGACGAAGAUGAAGAUGGUGAAGGCGACGGAGAUGGAGACGACGAUGAUAAUGACGACAGUGAUGACGACGAGGAAAGUGAAGAAGAGGUAAAAGAAGAGGAGGAUAUGGGAACAGAAUACCUUGUUCGAGCCGUUGGUCGAGCCGAAGAUGAAGAAGAAGCUAGUGAUUUCGAACCAGAAGAAAACGGUGAGGAGGACGAUGACGAAGAAGACGAAGGUGCCGGCAAGAUUGAAGCUCCGCCGAAGAGGAAGAGAUCGGACAGAGAUGAAUCCGAUGACGACGGUGAUGACGGCGGAGAGGAUGAUGAUGAGAGGCCGUCCAAGCGAUAGGGAUGAUGAAAGGACCAGUGAGGGCUGCUGUCACAUAGGUUCAAUCUCUCCCCCCCCCCCCUUUUCUCGUUAAAAACCAUUCGUCUUUCUGUUGUUUUAGAAAGUAGGGCGAACAUGAAAGUAGUAUUAUUAUCAUGUUCAAUGUGGUAAUAUGCAUAAGAUUUGGUUUUGUAUAAUGGGAACAGCUAGCUGGUUUAGAAACUGUGUAACUUAUCCAUGUUUUUAGAUUGAAUUCUACUCUAA